UUGGGCGAAGGUGAAUUUGGUAAAGUGGUUAUGGCAAAACUGAAAGUUCAACAUUCAAAAAAUCACACUGAAAUUAUCGAUGUGGCCGUUAAAAUGCUGAAAGAUUGCACAAGUGCAGGCGAGUACCGAGACCUGCUGUCUGAGUUCAAUUUGUUGCAGCAAGUCAACCACGAAAACGUCAUCAGGUUGAUCGGCGUGUGUAGGAGCCCCACUGCUCCGUUAUAUAUUAUCGUCGAAUUUUGUAAAUAUGGUUCACUUGGCUCUUAUCUAAGAAAAUUUCGAGUUAAUUGGCGCUAUUCCAAGUCAAGUGAUGAUGACAACAAUCCGGACAAUUCAACGGGACACGGAAGAUGCGAUUUAUUGAAAUUUUGUCUUCACAUUGCAAGUGGCAUGCAGUAUUUAAACUCAAUGCAUAUUGUCCACAGAGAUUUAGCUGCUAGAAAUAUUUUGGUUGGGGAAAAUAGAAUUGCCAAAAUUUCAGAUUUUGGACUGAGUAGAGAUGUUUAUGAGGGAGAUGCCUACUUCAAAACUAGCAAGGGACCCCUUCCCGUUCGAUGGAUGGCCCCUGAGUCAUUGUACAGCCGUACGUACACCACAAUGAGUGAUGUGUGGUCCUAUGGAAUCGUACUCUGGGAAAUAAUAACAAUGGGUUCUAACCCGUACCCUGGCAUAUCAUGUGAAAAAUUGAUGGACUUGCUGAAGGAAGGAUACAGAAUGAAAAAACCCUUGUCCUGUUCAGACGAAUUGUUUGAUGUGAUAUCGUCUUGUUGGAAUGACGACCCUAGACUUCGACCAUCAUUU